UGGUGGUAGGAUCAAAAAUAAAAAAACCUCAAAAAUAAAAAAAUAUAAAAAAUGAAAAAAAAAAAAAAAAAAAAAAAAAAAAAAAAAAAAAAAAAAAAAAAAAAAAAAAAAAAAAAAAAAAAAAAAAAAAAAAAAAAAAAAAAAAAAAAAAAAAAAAAAAAAAAAAAAAAAAAAAAAAAAAAAAAAAAAAAAAAUUUAAGACAAAAAAAACAAAAAACCUCUACCAGUGUUAGGUAAACCAAAGCCUUGACCGGUUAUCCACCUUUCUUUGUUUGAGAACUGGUUUCAGAACUGGUAUUGCGUCGGGUCGAUUUAGAACUGGAUCUACCCUACCACUUUGUUUGGUUGAGUUCACUUAUAAAUUGCAGUUUGAGAUGUUCGCUCGAUUAUUCCAGUCUUGUUUUCCAUCCGCCGGUGAAAUGGAUUUAGAUAAUAUUUUAAAUUUCGAAACUCUUAAAUGUCACACGCAAUGUGUAAGUGUCGGAAAGCGUGUUCUGUGUGAAGAGUCGGAGGUGCCGCCGUCGAAAAAAAGACGGGAUGUAUUUAGUGUUGAUUCGUCGUUCGUCCCUCCAUCGGUAUCGGGAGUGAGGGAUAGCAGAAAGAGAGCGCCGUCAGAGGAAAGCGUCAUUUAUGUGGGGAGCGAAACACUCCCCCUAAAUCAGCCACGCAGCGAGAUGGGACGCUUAAUUCUAAAAAUUAAAAAAAAUACAGCGGUGGCGGCGCAAACUUUCAAAGUAGCGGCGGAGGUGCACGCUUCUCCAAGCGUGCAAACAUCAAAACACCACUCUACAUCUUUUGAAGAUAUUUCCGACUCUGAAGACGGGACAUCUGAUCACCCUUCACUUCAAACCUGCAACAAACCCUCUAUCGAGGGUUACCCCUCUAUCGGAGAUAUAUUAAAUAUCUCCGAAUUGGGAUCAUCACCUGAAGAGGGGUUAACACAGACACAUAUAACUCAACCCCAAGCUGAAGAGGAAAUACCCAUGAAACCUAUGACUGAGACCCAAGUCUGGGAAAAAGAGCUUAUAUCGAGAACAGAGCCGUCACUCACUAAUGUAGUGAUGAGAGUUCUCCAAAUCCCCAACCGCGCAGAAGCUUACCACCAAGCAUUAUGUGAGGAUUUUAAGGGAGGACUUGUGUCGGCUCUUGAACGUCAUCAAGACCGCAUUCAGGAAAGGUUAAAUGAGAAUUUAAAGGAAAGUGAACUCCUUAAAAAAGCCAUCCAAAACAUUUUUUCAUAUGGUGAAAAAAUUUCCGAGGCUUUUCACGAGGAGAAUAUCCGGCUUUCACAGGAUCUCAUUAAUAUAAAAGCUUCCCUGGCCAAUGCUGUGAGGUCAGAUUCUCGAGACUUAUUCAACAAAAAUGUCGCUGGUGAUGUCCUGAGAUGCGGGAUGCGGGAUGAAGGUGCAUAAAGCGGUAUAUGUUGUAUUCUACCCCGUAGGUGGUCCCUGCAACCCUGUAUAGUUAGUAUUAAUGAUUUUAAAAGUGUAUAUAUUGGAUCAAUAUUUGUAUUUAUGUUUAUUUUUAGUUAGUAUUAAUUAUUUUUUAAGUGUAUAUAUAUUAAAUUUUAUAUUUAUGUUUAUUUGUUUAUUUUUAAUAAAAACGUAUUUAACAAUUUCAUUGGUUUUUCUUACUUUAAACUUGAGAAGUAUUUAAUUUUUAUAAAAUAAUAUUUAUGUCGAAGGGGGUAAUAAACAAAUUUACUUUAAAAAAAGUUAAAAUAUUAUUUUAAAUUAAGCUUUUAUACCUAUCAAGUUCAUAAUUAUUCUAGCAUAACUUUAUUACCAUUUUGAAUAAACUUUUUGUGAACCAAGUUCUAUAGUUCGGUCAGUCUAAUUUUUAUAAAAUUUCUUCUCUCCAUCUUAGUAAGGCUUAUAUCAUCAUUUACACCAUAAUUCGAUCGCUUUAAAAGUAGUUUUAAAUAAAAAGUAAUAAAUUUUAAUUUGGUAUCCAUCUUAACCGCUUUUAACUUAAAGAGUAAAAAAUAAGUUUUUAUUAUCAAACAGUUUAGUAUUAAUUUUAUGUUUGGGUAGUAAAAUAUAACUUAGCAGGUUGUAGUAUAAAAUUUAAUUUAAACAUUUAUUUAAAGUUCUAUUUAAUCUAGUUUUAAAUGAAAAAACGGUAAAAAUUGUAGUUUGCAGGUUGUAACGAAAGGGUGGAAAUAAGUUUGUAAAUAAUUUAUUAUCAAUUACAUUUUCGGAUGGUAUAUAAGUAU